UUUGUUAGAUAGGGGAUCGCUGCCGCGGCGCGGGGGCUUUUAAAGCAGCGGUGGGUACGGGACCUUAGUCAGACCUGGCUGGAGACCGCGUGGGCUUAGGUAGCAUCAACCCAGCCCUCCGCGCCUGCGAAAAAAGGGACUCUGCUUAGCUUCAGGUGCGGCGGCGGGGAGCCGUUCAGUCACCUCGAACUCAUUCCCUGCCUCCCCACUGACGAAUGAAAGCUCCCUGGGAAUUUUGAUUCACCGCAUGACUUUGAGCUCAGGGCGACGCUUAGCCUAUAAUUCCUGGCCGCACUUGGCUCUUCAGGAAGUGCCAUGGCUGGUGCAGCCGUCGUGAUUCCCUGGCUGUGGAGAGGCUCCGUUUGCACGGUCUGCACACAGGCCACUUGGCUGAGCAUGACACACUGCGCCCGGCGCCCCCUUUCUCUAACCAGCAUGAUGAAAUCCAAAAGGAUAACCGACCACUUGGAGAGAACCGCCAGUGUUGUUCGACAGGAGGUGGUGGCAGCCGCUAAGGUGUGUGGAAUUGCCCAUGAGUCCCCAUCUGUGAAGAGACUCCGCCUGCUGAUUGCUGACAGAGAAUUUUCUUUUAAAGCCGGCCAGUGGAUUGAUUUCUUCAUCCCAGGAGUCUCUGUGGUUGGUGGAUUCUCAAUAUGCUCCAGCCCGAGACUGUUGGAGCAAGAGAGAAUGAUAGAGCUGGCGGUGAAAUACGCGAACCACCCUCCAUCUCUCUGGAUUCACAAUCAGUGUACACUUGGCUCCGAAGUUGCCGUGAGAGUGGGUGGAGAGUUCUACUUUGACCCUGAGCCCGCAGAAGCCGCUAGAAACCUGGUGUUGAUUGCAGGAGGAGUCGGGAUUAACCCGCUGCUUUCCAUCCUCCGGCACUCGGCAGACCUGCACCGACAGUGGCUGGACAAAGGAAGCGGCUGUGAGAUGGGAGCGGUGCAGCUGUUCUAUAGUGCCAAGAACACCAGCGAGCUCCUGUUUCAGAAAAAUAUCCUCGAUUUAGUAAAUGAAUUUCCUGAGAAGAUUGCAUGCAGUUUGCAUGUCACAAAACAGACUACACAAAUCAGCGCGGAACUCAAGCCAUACAUCACUGAAGGAAGAAUCACGGAGAAGGAGAUAAGAGAUCAUAUUUCAAAAGAGACUUUGUUCUAUAUCUGUGGUCCACCUCCGAUGACAGACUUUUUCUCCAAGCAACUAGAAAACAGCCAUGUUCCCAAAGAGCAUAUCUGCUUUGAGAAGUGGUGGUAGGGAGAUGGCACAGGUAGAAAGAGCCAGAUUUGAGGCCCAUGCUGGACACCAGUGUUAUCUGACCCAUGCCCAGGGGACCUUACCUGUGUUCAGUCUCACUAAGACUGCACUAAGUGACCAGCUUGGAGGAGAAAAGGAAAACCAGCUGACAGACCUGAAUACUCAAUUUUUUCCAAAGACAUCAUUAGUGAAACUAUUUUUUACUACAUUAGCUUUCUUUGAUCACUAAUUAUCUCCUGAUGUGCCUUGAAUUGGUCAAUACAAAUUCUCUUUUCCAUUAAGGAAAAAGAUGACAUACACUUACAUUUAAUGAGAUGAAAAUGUGAUUUUGCGUAUGAAAUGGAGACUUUUUAAAUUAUUUGACAGUAACCUGUAUCUCUCACGUUCAAUAAACA